AUGACAACACCGAUUCCACAACCACCAGCAAGAUUUUUACUUGGAAAUGUGAACGAAAUAGAUCCGGAUCGUUUCUUGCAAUCUUUACAAAGACUUGAAAAACUUUAUGGUAGUAUUUACAAAUUGGAUAUACUUGGCAACCGAAUCGUGGUAAUCAGUAGUCAAGAAAUCGUCAAUAUGGCUUGCGACGAAUCAAAAUUUGAUAAGAAAAUCGGCCUUGCUUUAGUAGAACUUCGAGCAGUGAGUGGAGACGGUCUCUUCACUGCACACACUUCCGAACCAAACUGGAAGUUGGCUCACAAUAUUCUUAUUCCUGCUUUUGGACCUCAAGCUAUUCGUAAUAUGUUUCCAGAAAUGAUGGAUAUUCUUUCGCAGCUGAUUCUUCGUUGGGAACGGUUUGUAGGUGAAGAAAUCGAUAUCUGUGACAAUUUUACUCGAUUGACUCUGGAUACGAUUGCAUUGUGUAGCUUCAAUUAUCGAUUCAAUAGCUUUUAUCGAGAAAAAAUGCAUAGCUUUGUCGAUUCCAUGGUAAAUGUUCUCAUUGAAAGUGGCAAAAGAGUACAACGUUUAGCAUUACAACAGAUGCUGAUGAUUGGAACCAAUCGACGAUUUAAUGACGAUAUUGCUGUUUUGCACGGAUUGUGCGAUGAAAUAGUUAAGCAAAGACGUGAACAUCCAAAUGAUGUCAAUGAUUUGCUCAAUCGAAUGAUCAACGGCAAAGAUAGUGUCACUGGAUAUCAACUAUCCGAUGAAAAUAUUCGCUAUCAAAUGAUUACUUUUCUUGUAGCUGGACACGAAACAACAUCUGGAUUACUAUCAUUUGCUUUCUAUUAUCUUCUAAAAAAUCCAAAUGCUUUGCAAAAAGCUCAGUUCGAAGUUGACCAAUAUGAUGAAAUAACGAUUGAUACAUUGAGCAAAUUGAAAUACAUCGAUGCAGUUUUAAAGGAAACACUUCGAUUGCAGUCAACAGCAAUUUUAUUCGCGCUUCAAUCGAAGAACGACAAAACCAUUCUACCUGGUGGAUACGAAAUAUCCAAAGAUGAUACAAUACUCGUUCUUCUAUCUCAGUUGCAUAGGGAUCCAAAAAUAUGGGAUCGUCCAGAAGAAUUUCUUCCUGAAAGAAUGCUUAAUGGAGGUUUUGAAAAUCUUCCAGAGAAUGCUUGGAAACCUUUUGGAAAUGGUCAGCGCAGUUGUAUUGGGCGACCGUUUGCUAUGCAAGAAAGUCUUUUGGCUGUAGCAAUGAUUUUAAAACAUUUUUAUAUUGAUCUCGUCGAUCCUUCUUAUGAUCUACGAAUUAAACAGAAUCUGACUAUCAAACCUGAUGGAUUCAAAAUAAAAGUUCGAUCACGUCAACAUGUGAAAAUUCUCUUGGAUACUAAAAUAAAGCAGGAAAAAGUAAUACCAAAUAAUUCAACUGGCACCAAUGAAAAUAAAUCUAGAUCUAUUUCGAUUCUUUUUGGUAGUAAUGCUGGCUCAUGUGAGUCAUUUGCUGCUAUAUUAGCGUCGGAGGCACCAAAACAUGGAUUCAGUGCUACCAUUAAUACUCUUGACUCUGCCAUUGGAUCUUUGGUCAAUGAUCGCCCAGUAAUUAUUCUCACUUCAUCUUACGAAGGCAAACCUUGUGAUAAUGCGAAACAAUUUGUCGCUUAUCUAGCAUCACAACCAACAUUGAACAUUCAGUAUGCUGUCUUCGGUGCAGGUCAUCAUGAUUGGGUUAGUACAUAUCAAAAGAUUCCGAUUUAUAUCGAUGAGAUGCUUGAAAAAGCGGGAGGCAUCAAAAUCAUUGACCGUGGUGUUGGCGAUUCUGCAGGAGACUUUUUCGGAUCAUUUGAGGCAUGGAAAGAAAAUCUUUUCAAAGUUUUACGACACUUGACUGGUGUUGAGUCUGCUAUAAAUGAUGAAAUGAUGAACAUCGAGUUGAUUCAUUCAUCGAGAAAUCGUGGAGAAAUUAUCGAUAUGGGUUUUAUCAAAGAAAAUCAAGUACUGACUGAAGCGAGUGAACUUGGACCGACAAAACGACAUAUAGAGAUUGAAUUGCCUAAAGGACAAACAUAUCGCGUUGGCGAUUAUCUUGCUGUAUUACCAAGAAAUCCAACUCAACUGGUUCAUCGAGUUCUGAAACGAUUUAAUCUAUCUAUUGAUGCUCAAAUCAAAAUUCAUUCGCUUAUUGACACAUUCCUUCCUAUUGGUGCUCCAGUGAAUGUAUUUGAAAUUUUAAGUGGCUACGUCGAAUUAACUCAGCCGAUCAGUAGAAAACAACUGGAAACAGUGGCAGCAUUAUGUAAAAAUGAGAAUGAACAACGGAAACUAGUAAGUCUUGUUAAUGAUUCAUACCAAACAGAGAUUUUAGAUAAACAUCUAAGCAUCUUGGAUAUUCUUGAACUUAAUUCAUCCUGUGAACUACCAUUUUCUCAAUAUUUGCGUAUGCUUCCAUCACUUCGUGUUCGUCAAUAUAGUAUUUCAUCAUCGCCACUCUGGAAUGCUGAAGUAGUAACACUUACUCUCGAUGUCAUUGAUGCUUUAGCUUUUAGUAAGCAUGGACGCUACUAUGGUGUUGCAUCGAAUUAUCUUUCUAAUCUGAAAAAAGGAGAUCGUCUCAAUUGCACUGUUCGAGCAAGUGAUGCUGGCUUUCAUUUGCCUGAAGAUACUAAAAUACCCGUGGUGAUGUUUGCUGCCGGUACCGGUAUUGCACCUUUUCGUGGUUUUAUUCAGGAAAGAGCUGCACAAAUAGAAUGCGGAAGAGAAGUUGGGCCAAUGAUACUUUACUUUGGUUGUCGGUCAUCGCAAGAUUUUCUAUACUCUAACGAACUUAAUAGAUGGUUACAGCUUGGUGUUGUUCAAGUAAAAACUGUAUUUUCUCGUCAGUCAGAAAAUGAUAGAAAGUAUGUACAACAUUUGGUAUGGGAUGAUCGACAAGAGAUUGUCAGACUAUUUCAUAGUGGUGCACGUUUUUACACCUGUGGAAGUGCAACUAAAUUGGCUGGCUCGUUGAAAACGUGUUUAAUUAAAAUUAUUGCUGAAGAGAAACAAUGUGAUGAGAAAGCAGCAGUAGAUAUUUUCGAAAAUAUUUCUGUAAAUAGAUACAAUGUUGAUGUCUUUAUCUAA